AAAGUUGGCGAUGAACUCAGAGUAGGAGGGGGUGCCGUUCCUAGCCUCCUGGAGUCUGCAAAGAAAAGGGCCCACGUCAGUCAGGAGGCUUGCGCUAACUCGUGCGGGUGACUGCCACAUCCCCCAGUGUAGGAAAAUGCAUUCUUUUGUUGUUGGCGGAGACAGUCCCCUUCCGCAGCUCCCGGGCCAAGGCUAGCUAACGACCAGGAGAAAUAAGAGUGGAAAAUGCAAAACAACGAAAUUAUUAAACCGGCCAAAUACUUCUCAGAACUGGAGAAGAGCAUCUUGCUUGCUUUGGUAGAAAAGUACAAGUAUGUGUUGGAGUGUAAGAAAAGCGAUGCGCGAACUAUUGCCCUCAAGCAGCGCACCUGGCAGGCACUGGCCCACGAAUACAACUCUCAGCCCAGCGUGUCGCUGCGGGAUUUCAAACAGCUGAAGAAGUGCUGGGAGAACAUCAAGGCUCGGACCAAAAAAAUUAUGGCCCAUGAGAGAAGGGAGAAAGUGAAGCGCAGCGGGAGCCCACUGCUGAGUAACCACGUCCUGGGCAAGGAGAAGAUCGGCAACAUGCUGCCUGAGCAGCUGUACUUCCUGCAGAGCCCACCCGAGGAGGAGCCUGAAUACCACCCUGAUGCAGCUGCCCAAGAAUCCUUUGCUGUUUCCAAUAGAGAACUGUGCGAUGAUGAGAAAGAGUUCGUCCAUUUCCCAGUAGGUGAGGGGACCUCACAACCUGAACCUUCGUGUUCAGCCGUCAGAAUGACAGCCAACAAAAACUACAGGAGCAAAACCCCUCAGGAAGGUGCUUUAAAAAAGAUGCACGAGGAAGAGCACCAUCAGCAAAUGUCCAUCUUACAGCUGCAGCUGAUCCAAAUGAAUGAGGUGCACGUGGCCAAAAUCCAGCAGAUCGAGCGGGAGUGUGAGAUGGCCGAGGAAGAACACAGGAUCAAAAUGGAAGUCCUCAAUAAGAAGAAGAUGUACUGGGAAAGAAAACUACAAACUUUUACCAAGGAGUGGCCUGUUUCCUCAUUUAACCGGCCCUUUCCCAAUUCACCCUAAGACUUGGGGAUGGCGCCCUUGUAGUGAAUCUGUGUUGGCAAGUUUGGGAUGUGACCUCUGCGGUCAGUAGCCUGUGACAGACCUACGACUAGGUGAAUUAGAGUGGUAGCAGUCACUUAUUUAAGAAUACAUUCAGGUAAACAGCUGCACCCCGUGUAUCCCUAACAUGGCCACGAAGCUGUUCCAGUCUCUGAAGACCACCACUAUGCGUGCUAUCAUUCUGAAUGUAAUGUUUCUUAAUUAGAAUUCAUAGAAGAACCAUGUGUGAGUGUUGUAUUUUUUAUUUUAUUUUACCGAAAUGCAAGUGUGAUGAUAA